CAAGCCAUCAUUUUUUCGCAAACCUUGAUCUCUCCACUAGAGCCGCUGUUUCGAAGCUUUUCUGCCCCACAAAAAUGGGGCGCAUCUGCGGCCUGGCCCUCGUGUGGGUGCCUCUGGCCGCGGAACCGUCAGCCAGUCUGCAGAUCAAAGAUGCUCGUCGUUCUAACAGCGCGCAGAGUCCACCGCCCACAGUGGAUAAGAUUGCAACCCCGGUCGGAAAGGCUGCAGCGGUGGCAGGUGCAGGCAAAAUCGCAGACCCGACCAUUGCUGAACAACAAGCAGCUACGGCAACAACCACGGUGGCAGACAUAGCAGCUACCCCCGUUGCUGCUUACGAGAUUCCGCAGCAGUUACAAAUCGUCCAUGGACAGCAGAAAUUCGAAUUGCAGCACAUUUUGAAUUGGUGCUCCCUGCACGGGUCUUUCAAAGUACCCCAGGGUCAGUUCCAAGUCGAGGACAAAGAGCUGGCGUACUACCCAAACCGAACUCCCGGGAAGCGCAUAGUGGUUGUCGCAGACGUGACUGCAACUGCGGAGGGCAAGGAGGAUGACGAAGCCGUCGGGAGCGAGCUUGGUAGCAAAACUGCAACAGGUUACGUCGGUGCGGUCCAGCCUGCAGUGGCGGACGGCAGUAGUGUUUCAGGAAGUGUUGAUGAUACCGGAGCCUCAAGCAGCGGAUCCUUUUCCGCGUCGGGCAGCAGGGGUUCUUUCAGCGGGUCGUUUUCAGGAUCGGGUAGUGGCAGCGUACUCGAGCGCAUUCCGCUGUCGAUGUCGGAGCCGAGCUUCUAUCGGCCGACGAGCUUUCCGAAGUUGCCGCCCGGAUGCGGCGAAGAUCUACCGGACGAGAUGGGAAAGCGGACCGUGUCACGGAUCAUGCAGCCGCUCCUGGAUAUGAAGCGCAGGACGUUGUACUGCUUUUUUUUUUCAUAAGUUGCGAUUGCCGCGUGCGCUGUGAGUAAAUACUUUUUGUUGAGUCGUUGUAUCACUGAUGACAUGCAGAUGAGUCAGAAGGAAUCAACUUGAUGUGCUGCCUGACCAUUUCAAAAAUGCACCUGAAAGGCAGGACGCGGCGGCGCUGGCACAGACGAGCAGCGAUAACGCAACCGCGCUGCUAGUGAACACGGCGUCCAAUUUGGCGAACAAGGCUAUCUACCCACAAUUGGUCCGCUCGCUGUGCGAAAAGGGCGUACGCCAGCGCAUGCAGGAGUCCGGGCACCCGGUUUCCACUGCACUGGUCGAAACGACGAUUGAAAAGUGCGUCUCGGACACGACGCAGAAGUUGGAUUCCGGCAAGGCCACCGCCACCACAACGCUUCUGAACCAAAUGAACGCCACGGCGACCGGGAUCCAAGCAGAGUCUCACGAGUUGGCGCACACCACCGGGAGCAGCGCCGUCCUAGAGGCGUACGCUACUGCGGUAGAGGCGGCCGACGCGCAGCAGGAGAUCAAAACCGCCGCAACGAAAGCGUACAACUUCGCGUCGCACUGGGUGCGGUACGGCCACAAGCAGGUGAAACAGGAAAUCGCCAAGGCGACGGAGCGAACCGCGCACGCGGAGAGCAAGAGCAUUGCCGAGCGGAUUGGCGGCUUGUGGGUUUUGGACCAGGUCAAGGAAAAAGCGAAGAAAGCCGUGGAUUCCGACUUGCAGGCUGACGUCAACCGCAUUGCCGAGCAGAUCGGCCAGCACGCGGUGGAGGAACUCUGGAGUUUGGACGGAUUGCACGGGAAAAUCCCUGUGCCGGUCAUACACUUUCCGCCGUUGCCCGAGGGCAGCGGGUCUGGGUCUUUCAGUGGGUCACCCAGCGGUUCUGCUGGCAGCGUAGGCAGUUUUGGAGGAUUUUCGGCAAGCGGCGCAGGCAGCGGUCCGGCGGAAAGUGGUAGCAGUAGCGCGACAGCGUUGCAGAGUGAAGCGGAAGAUUCCGAACCAAAAAAACAAGCAGCCGUGCCGACUUUCCUACAAGAACGCAGCAGCCGUCGCAAGAAGCUAUUCCCGUUCAGGCAAAUGCAUGCCGCAAAUAUCCAGCCAGAAGAAGAGCGAGAAGAAGUUCGUCCUCAAGCGAAUGAAGUGCUGACAUCUGCGGGCGCGCUUGCGCAUAUGGGCCACCUGCUGCUGCAUGAAGCCGGCCGCUUCAUUUCCAGUGAUUCUGUCGGCCCUGGGGGUGUCGGACCGGCCUCGUUUUCGUCUCCGUCUGAAUCUUCAAGCGAGAACGAAAAAUCCGGGUCCAGCGGCCCGUCAGUCGGAAAACUGGCUCGCAGUAGCGGAUCAUCAGAACAGCAACCUUCUGGCAGUGGAUCCUUUUCCGCGUCGGUCCCCCCAACCAAGACCGAGCAUCUCGCCCCGUGCCCGGCCUUCGAGUUGCCGUCCUUCGAGGACGGCCGGUGGCUGCCCGCCGCCGACGGGGGCUUGCCGACCGUAGCUGACAAUACCGAACCGCCCGGUGCCAUCGGGCAACCGGUUCCGGUCGCGCAGGGCGUCCGCGCCUGGCGGCUUUUGCACGGGGGCUACGCGUUUCGGUACAAACAAGUACCCUCCUUGUUGGUCCGGUUCUUCAACGGCAAGGCGGAGUAUCUCUGGUCGGACAUGUACGUGCGGCAUACGCCCUUGCAAAGAGACUUCUGGACGACGGACGGGACGAAACACGUCACUGAGUACCUCGACGGGAAACGAGUUUACCAAACGAAGGACGUCGUUACCGUGGAAGAGGUGCCGAACGUUUCUGUCAAACUGCACUACUGCAACCCCAAUCGGGAGGUUUCGAAAACUGUCGCCGGGGUCUCGUACAUCGACGGCGCCAGCGGGAGAAACGUGUUCCGCACAGACGAUUUAGAUCUGACGUCCGUGGAGACGCCGGUACAAGUGGGGGGAAAGGCGGAAAAGGAGCUGACGGUAAAAGCCCGACCCCUGAACGCGGAACAGGAGGGCGCCCUGGUCCGCGACGCGCCUGACAGCGUGCAGUACUACUUUCCGGACGAGAUCGUGGAAGUGAAGAAAGCGGAUAACUCGGUCACGCGAACGGACCGAGCGGCCGUCGGAAGCAGUCCGUGAGCAGGAAGGCUUGCAGGUUGCAUCUUUAGCAAGCAAACAAAAUGGGAUGAAGUUUCAGUUUUCUUUUCCAAAAAUAUGUGCCCCUCCGUAAGCACACAAUGUGCACUGCCCAUGAUGUAAGUACCUAAGUAGAAAGAUAUGAACUGGCAAGUCUAUCAUGAAGUAAAGCGGAG